AUGUCCCAUCUCCGAGAUCCGACGCGACUUUCAAACUCCAUCCCACGCCCAGCGCAAAGCUCGAGCCUCCGGACUCCGUCCCCCAGCGCAGGACCUCCUCGUCCUCGCAGUGGCUCUAGCAGCUCCUCUUCCAGGCGUCGCCUGAGCUCUGUAUCCAAGGAGAACGAGCCCAUCAGCACAAUGAGUGGGUCCACCUAUCCUCUCGAGCAGGACGUCUCGGACGUCCGGAAGCGAAACACAUCCUCUCGGCCCAAAUCAUCCCCCUCUUCCCCAGCCCAUAGCAAAACUGCCUCCACCUCCGGUUCCAGCUACUACAAUGGCCGCCCGACUCUGGCGUCUAUAUCGGACGACCAAGAUCCGGAUAUCGCGGUGACGGACUCGCCCAUGUCGGAGAAGGACUUUAGGCCGCCCCCUCCCGCGCCAUCCUCGGCGAUGGGGACGGAGGGACGGCCGUUGACGAGACCGAGGCGGAGUAGUAGUAUCAAGCGGAAGUUGAGUCCGGGAGUCAGACCGGCAAAGGCGGUAGAUUGGGAGAUACCCCGCAAAACCCUGCAUAGUAGUAUAGGCUUCCUUGCUCUCUUCCUCUACUUCCUCGAACCACCCUCCGUCAAGCCCCUCGUCAUCAUUCUCUCCGCCAGUCUCGUCACUGUCACCAUUGCCGACUACCUCCGCUUCAACUUCCCCGCCUUCCGGGAGCUGUGGGAGGCCAACCUUGGUUUCCUCAUGCGCGAGUCGGAGCGGGACAAGGUCAACGGGGUGGUGUACUAUCUCGUCGGCGUCAUCACCGUCUUGACGCUGUAUCCACGAGAAGUCGCCGUUGUCUCGGUCUUGACACUCUCUUGGUCAGAUACCACCGCCUCCACCAUCGGCCGUCUCUGGGGACGCUACACCCCUCCUCUCCCCGCACACCUCCCCCUCGUCCCGGCUAUCAGGUUCGCUCCUCGCAAAUCCCUCGCCGGCUUCCUCGCGGCAACCAUCACCGGUGCAGCCAUCUGUACCGGUUUCUGGUGGAACGGGUCGGCGGACCAGUGGGCGGUGCUGAGUGGUAGAAUAGGGGUAAUUGUGACUGCAGGUGUGGUAGGGGUGGGAGGAGCUAUCGCAGAGGCACUGGAUCUGGGACUGGACGAUAAUCUCACUUUGCCAAUCAUCUCGGGAGCGAUCAUCUGGGCAUGGCUCUCCGUCACUCAGGUGUUCCUCGGAUGA